AUGGACAAAUUGAGAGAAGGAAUUGUUAAAAUAUCCAACAGUGAACCAAAUGCGUCAUUGUUAGAGUCCCAGAAUUCAAUUCUUCGACAACACCUUGAUAUUAUUAUGUGUGGUCUUCAGACUACCCCCAAUCAUCCUCCUUACGCUUGGAUGAUUGAACAAGCAUUGAAGGAAUUGGACGAAGAAGAGGGUUCUGAUGAAGACUCGAUAUCUGAGUUUAUCAUAAAAAAUAAUGACAGUUUGCCAAGGGCUCAUAAAAUAAUGCUGAAACAUCAUUUGGAGAAGAUGUGUGAAAGGGGGGAAAUUGUUAUGAUUGAUGGAGGACGGUUUUUGCUUCCUGGUGAAAGCAAACACUUGAAUUCAAAGAGUAAAGGAAAGAGCAAGAGAAGGGGGAGUUCGUCAAAUACACAAAAGAAGCAAAAACAAAAGGAAAAAGAGGACGAUUUGGAGCAACCAAAAAAACAGGGUCGUGGGAGGCUUGCUAAGAACAAGGACGACGGGGCCCAAAAAGGUGAUGGUACAACUUCAGCAUUGUCAACGAAGGAGCCAGAUGAUCAGCGUGAGGGGGAUCUCAAGGGCCAGGAAGACGGGGCUGAUCCUGAUGCUGUACUUCUGAAGGACUUGAGAUUGUUAAGAAGAAGAAAAACGAUCAAGUACUAG